UAUUCCCUGGUACUCUUAGUAGGAGUUAUCGAUUCUGUUACACUCAAAGACCCACCCAGAGCAAUCCUAAUUGCGGUGGUAUUUCUUUUUAUAUCUAUAAUUUCUCUAAUCAUCAUCACAGUUAAUACAAUGUUUCUAUCUGAUGGCAGAGUGUCAGUGUCUAGUUAAUUUGUCAAUGAAUUUCUGAUUGUUCAGAUUAUUGGGAUAAUUGUGCGGAUUAGCAUUUAUAUAAAUGAGAAAGGAUCGAGUAAUCAUCUUUUUUCAUACUUAUUUAGUUUUUCCCGGCUUAAGACAGCUAAGGAUAAGCUCCAUAAGUAAGGGUGGAGAGAUAGUUGCAGGUAAAAUAGGUGGCGCAUGGGCUGUGGCCGGGUAAAAGUUCCUACUGGGAAGGAGUUCUGGUUUUAGGCGUCCACCAUUUUUAAAGGGACUGUUCAGUAGCCGAUGAACCGCGCUAGUGCGAGGCUCAUAGCGGGAGAGUGAGGUGAACUUGAGUGCCUGAUAGGAAGAACAUCAUUGCCUUUGGGUAUUAUUUGAGAACUCGGCAAAUCGCCUGAGUCUGUGACGAAAAUAAGGUCUCUCAGGAUGAGGGUGGCCUGAAGACGAGGACGACGCGGAUUCUAACUUAUACGACGUAUUCGGGCCACACAGCUUAAUCGAAAUAGGACUAUUGAGAACGAGCGAGAGCCAUUGAUAUAUAAACAUGUCCAGUGCGCCGCAAAUGUCUAGCGGGCUUAGCAAGCUUAAGAAAAAACACUUUCGUGUUAAGCAUCAGAAAGUCAAGCUCUUUCGUGCAAACGAACCUCUUUUGAGCGUCUUCAUGUGGGGUGUCAACCACACGAUAAACGAACUCAGUCACGUCAACAUACCAGUGAUGCUGUUACCUGAUGACUUUAGGGCAUACAGUAAAUUAAAAGUAGACAAUCACCUGUUCAAUAAAGAGAACAUGCCGUCUCACUUCAAAAUCAAGGAAUAUUGUCCAUUGGUCUUCAGGAAUUUACGCGAGAGAUUUGGAAUCGAUGAUCAGGAUUACAAGGAGUCUAUGACAAGAUGUCGGACGUUUAAUCCUUCGCAAGCUAAACGGCAUAAGGAUUUGGCAGCGAUCACUGGAAGGAGUCGUCAGUUGGUUCGACGCUCUGCUACCGUUCCUUCAAUAACCUUAUCCGAUCCUCCUGCCGUUUCGCGAGUUCCUGUCCUUAAUAAGCCACGGCGCACCUACAGUUUUAAGCCCAAGCGAUUGAGAUCUCAACCAAUAUUAGAUGACUCCUCAGGAAAGAGUUGCGCCAAGUUUUAUCAAUCCUAUGAUAAACUAUUCAUCAUAAAGACCUUGACUAGCGAGGAGGUGGAGAGAAUGCACUCCUUUUUGAAACAUUACCAUCCGUAUAUUGUGGAGCGACAUGGAAAGACCUUGUUACCUCAAUAUCUGGGAAUGUACCGUCUCACUGUGGAUGGAGUUGAGCACUACGUAGUUGCCAGUAGAAAUGUAUUUUCAAAUCAUCUUACUACACACAAGAAGUUCGACCUCAAGGGUUCGACUGUGGACAGAGAAGCUUCAGAUAAGGAAAAAGAGAAGGAUCUCCCAACCUACAAAGAUAAUGAUUUUGUCAAGGAGGGUACAAAAAUCUAUAUCGGAGAGGAAGCCAAAGCUAAGCUUAUUGAGACAUUGACUGCAGACGUGGACUUUCUUACACGACUGCAUCUUAUGGAUUAUUCUCUGCUUCUUGGCUUGCACGACUGUGCAAGGGCCGAACAGGAAAACAGAGAACGUGCUGAAAGAGAAGAAGAUGAAGACAACCAUGAUGACGAAGAUGACAGUGAAUCUGGAAGUGGUCUAGAUACUCGUGGACCAAUGGGAGAUCGAGUGUGGGGUUGGAGCGGCGUCGGAGUGAUGGCUACUCCACCAGAAUCUCCACAUGCAGCUUUGAUGCGCGAUGCCAGUCUCCAGUAUGAAGAUGCUAUAAUACCUGAACUAGACAUAUACGCCAUACCAAGUUCAGAAGGUGCACCUACGAAGGAAAUCUACUUCCUAGCAAUUAUCGAUGUCUUGACGCAUUACGGAGUGCGCAAGCAGGCAGCUAAAGCAGCCAAAACUGUUAAGUACGGCGCGAACGUUGACGGGAUAUCAACCUGCGAUCCGGAACAAUAUGGCAAACGAUUCAUAGAGUUUAUGAGCAAAGCGAUAGAGUAGAAGUCGUGAGUAUAAGAGUGUGUGUGAACGAAAGAGAGAGCGUCAAACUGAAAGAAUGAUAAUGGGAUAAUGAUAAUCAGAAGAAUGUACGAAUGAGAGAGAUAGAGAUAUUUGAAGAAAGAGUAGAAAAGAAGUGGAAGCCGCUGUCAAAUCGUCCGAUAAUCGGCAGCGUCGCGACGUAUACUCGGCUCGUGAUCUUCGUUCUCUUCUAUCUUAUUAACCCCUGAUUUCAUAUUCACCCCUUAUCCCCUAACUCGUCUUCUACGCCGCGAGAAAAGUUGACUUAACGUUACUUCUAACAAAUGCCAGGAAUUCAUUAUUCCACCAGGGGACACGUAUAGGUGGUUUUGAUGCAUCGACUCUAUUCACUGAUUGUUGAUUUGACUUAGUGAUUUCAUGUUUUCUUUUUUCUCUCGUUUUGGCAGUCAGACGAUUAAGCUGACUUGCUCGCCUGCGAAUUUCUCAUACGAUGAGGACGACGCACAUUAUAUAUUUUUUUUCAUUGAUUUAUACAAUACGUGUAUAUAUAUUAUUAUUAUUAUUAUUUAUGAAAGAUAUUCUUAGAUGAUAUAUGUACACGAGAAGUAUUCACAAGGUGCGUAUGUCUGGACGUCAUCUACUCGCGACGCGUAAGCUCAAGACUUUUUUAUAUUAUGUAAGUAUCACGAUGUUCUCUGCACUUUCGAACAACAGCAUACCGCGACAAUGGAAAAUACAACUAUUGGCUUAAUAGAAUGAAAAGGAGAAUACCAUAAGGGUAUAAAAUAAAUGUAUCAAGUUAUUAGCGGGCAGGAAUAUUUUUGCUGAAAGCAAAGGAGAAAGGUCGUAUGUUUCCACAAACUAUAAACUGUGACGAGUCGUUGCAUUGCGCUUUUUUACACAAUCUUUACACGCCAAUGUAGGAGAUUUUUGUCUGUAUAUCGAGGAUGCGAAGGUGGAAAAGGAAAUAGCGAGUGCAUUGUCAAAAAAAAAUUCUCAGCUAAACUCUUUUGGCACUUUCUUUUUACUGUCACUUUUUUGCGCGUACUGUUAUGCUGCACCUAUGGACCAGCUUGGCAUGUAUUUGUGCAUAAAUAUAUGGAGAGAGAAAGAGAAUAGAAAGAAAGUAGUUGAGAGAGACGAGAAAAAUAUUUCUGUUGAUAACUGAUGUCCGUUUUCUUUUUCCUAACGAGACAAAGAAUCACGGAUUGAUUUAUAAUCGAUGAAAUUCAACUGAAGAAGUAUAAUAUAAUAUAUAAUAUAUGUGCAAAUGUUACUGUUUAAGAGCUGACCUAUGCAGACGAGGAACGAAAUAAAAAUAAAUGUAACAAUUUGUAAA